CAUGGGUAGAGGAAUGCUCUUAGUGUAGCCUAACUUUCAUGCAAAUUGUGUUUUUAUUCUCAAACUCUUUACUGUAACGGUAAUGUAGCCUACUCUGAAAUAUUUUGUAGUUUAUAUCUUAUUUUGACUUGAAUUUGAAAUAGCUUGACUCGGUCAAUUUGCAGUGUGGACUUUGCACGGACAUAAACGAAGUUGAGUGUUCGAGUUUAUAAGUAAACGUUGGUUAUGCUCAAACUCAAUGAUUAUACUUAACGUUUUGUUAUUGAAAGUGAAGUUACAUUGUAUCCGUUCUGCAGCUGUUGAAUAUAGCCUACCAUUAAUCGGUAGUCACAAGGCUGGAAUUGGACAGAAGGCUGGAAAUACACAGACAGAAUCUCAAAAAUGCAUUUUGUGGUUCGCCGAUACAGACCCUCCGACAAGGAUGCUGUCUUAACCCUGUUCAGUGAUGGCAUCUUGGAGCACAUCAACCCUUCGUUCUACAACGCCAUCAGCAACCCUGUCAAUGUGGGUGUGACCCUGUUCCUUUCUGUGUCUGGGUACAUGCUGGGAGGUGGGUCUACUCUCUGGGCCUUGCUGUUGGCUGGAGCCUGGGUAGGUCUGGUCUACUACUGCUGCAGCCAACUGUACACCAGCUUCGUCAGAGAGAGACUGCGCACUGACAUGCAGGACAUUCCAGGAUGCUACCUGAGCCACCCCGAUAACUGCUUCUGGGUGGCUGAGACUGAGGUCAACGGCAGGGUUGAGAUUUUAGGUAUGGUGGCCGUUGUGGCCAAAAAGGUGGUGGGCGGAAGAGACGGGGAGAUGUGUGGUGAACUAUUCAGAAUGAUUAUAUCGUCGAAGUGUCGUCGGACAGGGCUCGGUUCCAGGAUGACCCAGACCGUUAUUGACUUUUGUAAGGAGCGAGGGUUCUCUAAGGUCGUCCUGGAAACCAGUUCUACCCAGACUUCUGCAGUGGCCCUGUAUAAGAAGGUAGGCUUCUCACACAUCCUCUCACACACCAAGACGUACUCUCCUGAAUGGAUGACAUUGGUAUCCCGUGUCACCAUUCUGAAGAUGGAAAAAGUCAUAUAGGCCUUCCCUUGAUUUUGAAUUGUCAGUGUUAAGACGUGCAACUUUUUGGUUCUUUUUUGUUCUGAAGCACAGAUUAAAUGUAUUUGAUACAAGAAUUUGAUGCAAAACCGUAGGCCUAUAUUAGUGACUAGAUCGAAUAAGCAAAGGUAUGAAUAUAAAAUAGAAAUAGUAUAUGUAGCCUAUUAAAAUAUAAUAAUAAUAUGCCAUUUAGCAGACGCUUUUAUCCAAAGCGACUUACAGUCAUGUGUGCAUACAUU